AACUUGCUUCCUGGCCAGUUGCAAACAACUUAAUAAAAUCAUUCCAUAUAGGGUCCAGACAUUGAUUAAGUUGCAUUAUCAAAGGUUAGUCACAUUCUUUUUAGUCUAGGCUGAUACAUAUAAUCUUUAUCUGGUAAACUAGCUUGUAAAGUUAGUGCAAACUGAAUCUUAGAUCUCGGUAGAGAAGCAAGGGGUAUUAAAGCAUUGUGACUUUUCUCCUGUGAGCCAGUGCCUCUGUGCAGGAGAGAGGGAGGGACAUCUGAGGCACGUCACAGAGGCUUUACUAUCAGCAGUGGUCCAGAUGAGCACAGCAGACUGAGAGAGUGGCUGAGACGGUGGAUGAGACGGCUACAAUAAGGAGCAAGGGAAAUAAGAAGGAAAGAGGGACAGGCUUUGAGAUUAGAGAUAAAAAUCCAGAAAGGAAUUCUGACUAAACAGUUUCAUCAUUUUUAUUUUUUUUUCAGUAGUCUAAACCUGAGCAAAAAUAAAGAUGCCGAACUUUGCAGGGACCUGGAAGAUGAAAAGCAGUGAAAACUUUGAAGAACUUCUCAAAACCCUCGGGGUGAAUGCCAUGCUGAGAAAAGUAGCCUGUGCUGCAGCCUCAAAACCUCUAGUGGAGAUCCGUCAGAACGGUGAGCAGUUCUACAUAAAGACCUCCACAACCGUCAGGACCACUGAGAUCAACUUUCAGAUCGGACAGGAAUUCAAUGAGGAGACGGUAGACGGACGAAAAUGCAAGAGUCUGGCCACAUGGGAGACAGAGAAUAAGAUGACCUGCAGGCAGACCCUUUUGGAUGGAAAUGGCCCGAAGACAUACUGGACUCGAGAGCUGAGGGGAGACGAGCUCAUUCUGGUUUUUGGAGCCGAUGACGUGGUGUGCACGAGGAUUUAUGUACGAGAAUGAGCUCCAUGAGGAACAGAAGAGAAAAUAGGCCAACGCUUACAGUCAUGCAGCAGUGAUACUUCAUUUACACUUUACAUUACAGGGCUUUUCAUAACAAUUUGUAGUUACCUGCAGGAAGACUGUGUUACAGAUAGAUGGCCAUGUCUUCAUCAUGUAGAGCAACAGUAUUUGAUAUAGGUCAUAGACAAUUGCUCAAAGUAGAAGUCAAGUCAAGGAAAGCUUUAAAAAUAGAGUAUUACAUGGGAAACUGUCUUUACAUUAAAACAUGCCACGUACCUUCAUCAUAUUUCUCAUUUCAUGUUUAAUUGCUUUGUACUCAUCAUCAGUAAUUAAAGUCUCCAUAGAGAUAUCUUA